CCGCAUGCAAUUUCAGAUUGUAAAAGUACAUCGAAAAAUUCAUCGUAUAAUCCCUUGAGUAAGUAUAAAUAUUUGAGGUUCGUCGCUAUAUCGUCCUAGGCGUGCGGGUGUAUAACGUGAAAUGAGCUCAGGCAAACUUUUAAUGAAUUUCAAUGAACUUGAAUAUGUCUCACUGUAACAUAGACGCAUUUGCUGCACGGGCACGUGUGACAGAGUAGGUGCAUUAUACACAUUCUAUAGAAUCGGCAAUUUCUCCCUUUGUUUGUUGAAAACUUUAGUUAAAUUCUGCAGCCGUACAGAAAUAGAGAGAAGGGUCCGCACAAUUGACUGUUACGUACCGCGUAGGGACCCAAACAGCUCGGAAAGUUUCCAGGGAGUAUUUUACACUCUGCACCCUAUUUGGCAUAAUUUCAUUCGCUGCAUGGUGCAGAUCUCCAGGCUAUACAACUUCAGCCCGCACCCUCUUCGUGUCAACAAAGAGGGUCAACGGCCCUUCGUUUCAAUCUACGAAUUUGACGAACCAGUUUGUCGUACCCGUUUCUCGACGAGAGCGCGUUAUUUCCGUGCCUUUUUUAAUCUCCGUUUCAAACAUCCGAAUUAGAUACACGAGACGGUACGAGAGGUACGAACAUUUACAAAGCGCGAAAUAAAUUUCAAAUAACAUAACUGUGCAUUUUCAACUGUAUGAAUUCAGGCCCAGAUUCGGAUAAGACGGCUCAUUAAGCGGUAUCGUGCAGUUAUAAUUUAAUAAACACACGAACGGUACAUUUUAUACUCGCAUAAAAGUCUGACUAGAAUUGAUGAAGGUACGUGUACUAUUUAGUAUACGGAUGUAAUGAGUGGAGAACGUGCGAUUUGACUAGACUGUUGAUGGUAGCAUGAGUGGUAUUUUUCAUUUAUUUUUUUUUUAUCACGGUUGUAGAUCUACGGAGGCCAUCGCAAUUUACUCGGGAUUAUUAUUACAUCCUGAGACCAUUAUCCCUUCUUCUUCGCAUCGCGUUUGUCUCGGUGUUGUUUCGUACGUACGUUCUUUGAGUCGAAUAAAAUAAAUCUUAGUCCAGAUCUAGAAAUUGAAUUCCAUCAACUUUUAGUCGAACCGAAGACACGGGGCGAACAACAUGGCUUUUAUUUCACCGGCGCUCUUCUUUCUUAUCAUUAAUUCGAUCAGUCUCCUCGUCCCUCUACACGGGGCUGAAAUAUCAUCGAAAAUCGAUCUCGAUGACGAGGAAACUACACCGCCGCCCACUCUCAGUGCCCCCGUGCUGAAAGCUUACGUGGACAUCAACCAGCCUGGGGUAGUGAACGUCGCGAAACCUGCGAGAACUUCUUCGAAACAACCGUCUCGAGGGUUCAUGAGACAGUCGGUGAGGAGGCCAUUAAACGAACACCGAAACGUCGACGAAGAAAUCAACGACGAGAACGAAGACUAUAUCAGUAUCGAUGAUUUGUUCAAGGCGAAGAGGCAACAGCUGCAUCAAAACCCCAUAGGCAGUUCGCCGCUCAUUCCCAAUAACGUACAGGGUUUUUAUGGAGAGUCAGACGCCAAGCCAACGAUCAUAAACAACAUUCACGUGACAAUAAACGCCAACGAGUCGAGCGCAGCAGGAGUAAACGGUUGCAAGAACGGAGUUUGUGACGUUAGGGUAUCUUCGAAACCGGACGCCGAGGGAAACGUGAUAACGAAUGUCCAUCUCAGCGUGGUUACCAAACUGAAAAAACCCCCGAUUGUCGCUGACGUUCCCAUAAUCGAGGGAACCGUUGGAUUCAGACGACAGGAUUUCGAUCAACUUCCAGCUUUUCAUUUCACCGAUCACAACGUGCGAUACGGCGGAUCGUUCUUCGACAAUAACAUUCCUCAGAUCCCGAUUCACCGACAGGACGUUGACUCUUGGUAUCACCAACAGCCAGCUAUUUUUGAAAGAGCUCGUCCCGUUUGGCACUACGGACGAAAUUUAGAUCGAGGAUUUAAAGAUAAUCCUUCCCGCCCGUCUCAAGGGCACCGCCGUAGCUGGACCGAGUCCAGAAAUAGGGAAAUCAUUGACGAUAAAAUCGAAGCGCCGCUCAGUAAAACGAAACCCGCUGACGAACAAGAAUGAGCAGCAAACGUCACUUCGUUUAACGAUCGGUGUGGAUCCCACGAUGUACACAUGAAAAAUGAAAAGUUUUCUUUCAAAUAAAAUUGGAUUUCUGCAGAAUUUUCAUUCCGAGUUUCGUUCCAGCUGCAUAAAAUUACGACGUCAUUUUUCAGUCGUGUCGAGUGUAAACCGAAGGAUAGUCCUUUUCCCGCGAUCCUUCGUUCGUAGAUACCUACGUGGUUUGUCAUUAGUGAAUCAUCGUUUGUCCUUUUCGUCUGCAUCGCAUGAAUAUUAACGCAACCCUAUCGCACAAAAGCUCUCGUGUAGGUGGAUACGUAUAGUACCUUCGCGAUGAAAAAGUCUACAUCCCACGCGUACUCCGUCGUGAAUUUAAACCUGUGGGCGAAAGUUGAGCAAAAAAGAUAGUCGCGAUGUACGGGAAAGAGGCUUCGAGUGUGAGGCGUAAAACUGCAGCAACAGCGGCAACGCGUUCUCGUUAUACGAUAGAAGCGGAAGACCAUCAGCCCCUAGCUCCGUUUUUCAGUUGGCCUACAAGCGACGUUGAUUUCGAUGAUAACGUCGGGAUAUCGCGUUGCGAUUAAUUGUAGGUAUAAUUUUAUUUGUCAUACAUACAAUUGAAGUACGUAAUAAGCUCGACGUUCGAACGCAGUUUAUUGUACCGAUUUAUAUUUUCGUUCACUGAGUACAAAAUACUGUUAUUUUUAUCACCAGGUAUUUGAAAUUUUACAAAUUUUACAUUCACUUGAGUGACUACGAUAUGCGGACAGACUAUUUCGAACAUAAAAACUAUUUAUACUAUGUUUGAAAAUGAUAAUAAUUUUUAUACGGUGUGAGACCGUGUCAAUGAUCGAACAGAGGAAAGAAAUAAAUAUAUUUGAAAAAAAAAAAAAAA